UUCGAACGGUCGCCCAUUUCACAAACAAUUUAAAAAUUGAAUUACGAGAUAAUUAAUCAGAUAUGUUUUAUUAUUAAUUACAUAUAGAUCCUGUUCUUGUUUUGGUCACAUUUUUUGCAUUCGAAUUGAAAUUAUGUAAUUGAUAUUUUAGUUUCCUCAAUCCCAGCUGUCACAGAAUGAAAACGUCGUCGUAUUCCCGAACCCAUUGAAAAAUUUAAAUCCCGCCACUACCAGGCCAUUUUUGUCAACCUCAAAAAUAUUAAUUUAAUAUUAUUUGCCUCUUCUCAGUCGAAAAUUUUGAAUUCAGACAGCGCCUCUCAAUCAUCUCCAGACAAAAUCCAACACACACACAGAUUCUCUCUCUCUCUCUAAAAUUCCUAAUUCAAAAACCUUAAUCCCAUUUCCCAAAAAUAAAUCUGCAUAAAAAAAAGAAGUAUUUCCGAAGGAAUCAAUCAAUCAACAAUGGCUUCAAUCAGGACUGCCACCCGCUACACAAACAGCCUGAACAGCUCCACGAAAUCCGACCCCUCCUCCUCCGCCGAGUUCUCCACCUCGCGUGAGUCAUCACGCGCUCUCACCAGGAAGAAAGAUGCCACCACCACCAUUAAUUUCAGUUCCAUGGUCAGGAAACUCGUGGACACCAAGAAGGCGAGUAAUUACGAAAAGGGGCCCAAAUUCGUCGUCGCCGCUGAUUUUCUGGCGGAGGAUUUGAAGAAGAACGCGAAGAAGAGCACCGGAUUAAGUGGGCUCCACAAGAAGCUUUUCAAGGGCUCGUCUGGAAUCUCCUCAGGGGCAAAAAGGGGAGACGAGAGCUCGAAGAAGGCGUUGACUGAGGUCAAAAGCAAUACCAGGACUCUGGCUAUGGUGUUGAGGAGUGAGAGGGAGCUGUUGAGUUUGAACAAAGAGCAGGAUGAACAGAUUGCCGAGCUCAAGAUUCUGCUUCAGGAGAAAAACACUGAGGUUGAGAAAUUGAAAGACUUGUGCUUGAAGCAGAGGGAAGAGAUAAAGUCUCUAAAAACCGCCGUACUUUUCCCAGACGUGAUGAAUUUGCAACUUCAAGAUCUAUUGGAGAAGCAGGGAUCGGAACUAAACCAGGCAAAGCAACUCAUUCCGAGUCUUCAGAGACAGGUCACUUCUCUUACAGGACAACUCCAAUGUCUUGCUGAGGAUCUCGAAGAGGUAAAGGCAGACAAAUAUUCUGGAAGAGGAUUUUCCGACAUAAGUUCUCCGAGGACACCUUCAUAUGACCAAGACGAUGCGCCUCAUUCUCUCUUCGAUCAGGAAUAUAGCUCGGGGGAUUACACAACACCACAGAGUCCAGACGACAUGUUUCUGAAAGAUUUGAAUCCUUGCCUAACACCUUGUUAUUCCAAGACAAAAUCCAAGGAAAUUGAUACUUUUUAUUCCCCUGAUGUUGAUCGAUUGUCUAAAAAGAGCGCUAUGCGGUCUCGUGAAAUUGUGUUUAAUAACUGUUCAACCAAGGUGUCGAAAAGUUCAGAGAGUUGCCAAUCUUCCAAGGCGGCAAAGGGUUCGAUUCGCCCGAUUAGCAUGUCUGGCGAUAGCAAAUUUGCGAAUGCAAAGCAAUUGCAAUUGCAUCGCAAACGUUUCUGAUUUUGCCUUGGGAUGUUUCUGGAGAAUUUUGUUUUUUCUCAAUUGUCGAAACAUGUUCAGCUUGUUUGUAUGUCAUAAGAUGUAUCGCACUCUCACUAUUUAAAAAAAAAAAAAAGAAGUUUAAUAUAUUACCCGCGUUUAUGACGUAUGC